AAGUCGACACAAUACCAUCUCUCUCACAAUACACACUUCUCAAAAAAUUACCCUUCUACCCCUGGCCGGAAUGAACACCAUUCACCGGCGACCCUUAAAACCCAACAACAUUAACUCCGGCCACAUUUCGCCGGAAAAUCAAGAUUCCCAAAACACCUUAAAAUCAGAUGCACUUCCAUUACCAUUAUAUAUAACAAACGGGUUAUUCUUCACUAUUUUUUUCUCAGUUAUGUAUUUUCUUCUACACAGAUGGCGUGAAAAAAUACGUAACGGAGUUCCACUCCACGUGUUGAAUUUUUCAGAAUUAGUUGCUAUGGUUUCAUUGAUCGCUUCGGUUAUUUAUUUAUUUGGGUUUUUCGGUAUUGGCUUUGUUCAAUCUAAGGAUGUUGAAGAUGAAAAUUCGGAAGAAUUUAUUGAAUGCCCACAACCUGUUCGACGAAAUGUCCCAAUGAAAUCUGCACACGUGGCAGGAAAUCAAGAAGAAUUUAUUGAAUGCCCACCAACUGUUCGACGAAAUGUCCCAAUGAAAUCUGUACACGUGGAUGAAAAAAUUGCGAAGGUGAUUCCGCCAGUAGUGUUAGGGGAUGAUGAGAUUGAGGAGAUUGUAAAAUUGGUGGUGGAAGGGAAAAUAGCGUCUUAUUCAUUGGAAUCUAAGUUGGGUGAUUGUAAAAGAGCUGCUUUUAUUCGUAAAGAGGCGUUACAGAGGAUUACAGGGAAGUCACUAGAAGGGCUACCAUUAGAGGGAUUUGAUUAUGAAUCAAUUCUCGGACAGUGUUGUGAGAUGCCAAUUGGUUAUAUUCAAAUACCGGUAGGAAUAGCAGGACCAUUAUUGCUUGACGGAAGAGAAUAUUCAGUGCCAAUGGCAACUACAGAAGGAUGUUUAGUUGCUAGCACUAACAGGGGUUGCAAAGCCAUUUAUGCUUCCGGUGGGGCCACAAGUGUUUUGUUCAGAGAUGGAAUGACUAGAGCUCCGGUAGUAAGGUUUGGCAGCGCUAAGAGAGCUGCAGAGUUGAAGUUCUUCGUUGAGGAUCCAAUGAAUUUUGAGACUCUCUCUAUUGUUUUCAACAAAUCAAGCAGAUUUGCCAGAUUACAGAACAUUCAAUGUGCAAUAGCUGGAAAGAAUCUAUACAUGAGGUUUAGCUGUAGCACUGGUGAUGCAAUGGGAAUGAACAUGGUCUCCAAAGGUGUACAAAACGUUCUUGAUUUCCUACAGAAUGAGUAUCCUGACAUGGACAUCAUUGGCAUAUCUGGGAACUAUUGCUCGGAUAAGAAACCAGCAGCAGUUAAUUGGAUUGAAGGAAGAGGAAAGUCAGUAGUUUGUGAGGCAAUCAUCAAGGAAGAGGUGGUGAAGAAAGUUUUGAAAACUGAAGUUGCUGCUCUAGUCGAGCUGAACAUGCUUAAAAACCUCACUGGAUCUGCCAUGGCUGGUGCCCUCGGUGGCUUUAACGCCCAUGCCAGCAAUAUCGUCUCAGCUGUAUAUAUAGCCACUGGUCAGGACCCGGCUCAAAAUAUUGAGAGCUCUCACUGCAUCACUAUGAUGGAGGCCGUAAAUGAUGGCAAAGACCUCCAUAUUUCUGUCACCAUGCCUUCAAUUGAGGUGGGUACAGUAGGAGGAGGAACUCAACUUGCAUCUCAAUCAGCUUGCUUGAACUUAUUAGGAGUAAAAGGUGCCAACAGAGAGGCUCCAGGAUCAAAUGCAAGGCUAUUGGCCACAAUAGUAGCAGGUUCAGUUCUUGCCGGUGAGCUAUCCCUCAUGUCAGCUAUCUCAGCUGGGCAGUUGGUUAAGAGUCACAUGAAAUACAACAGAUCAAGCAAAGAUGUCACAAAAGAAUCGUCAUAAGGAGCUAAAGACAGCUAAUUCUGUCCAACUUUUGUUUGAAAUUGUAUAGAUUAAUACCCAGCAAGCAACUUUCCUUAAGUAUCAUCAUCAUCAUCUUUGAAAUAAAGUAUUACAAUAAUGACCAAAUAAUAUUUUCGUAUUAGAGGGUUGGAAAAAGAGAAUUCCUGACAAGGUAAUCUAUAUGCUGUGUUGUAUCCAUGUGAAGAAGGUAAGUGACUGAGGAAAUAUUUUGUUGAAGAUAUGUGGGGAGAAGGUAGUUGGUAUCAUUCAUUGUAUUAUCCUUCUUUUGUUUGUGAAUCUCAUUAGUUUGUAAUUUAGGGCCAAGAUGGCAUCUCAAGACUGGUAUUGUUUUGAUCUGCACAAAGUGUUCUAUUUUUUUUCCUUUAUAUAUAAAAGAAUUAUUUAUUCGAACUGA